AUGGCUUAUUACAAACCCUCGUCUCUCGUACUACUUUGUUUCUUCGCUCUCGUUCUUUUCGUCGAAUCGAAAAAAAAAUCCGGCAUCACGGUGGAUUUAUUCCACCGCGACUCACCCGCAUCGCCUACCUACGAGCCCUCCCACACGAGAUUCGAGCUCCUCCGAAAGUCGUUCCACCGCUCGUUCACCCGCAAAUCGUCCCUGAGGUUGACUUCCGAUCAGAGGAAGAAGAAGUCAACAACCGCGUCGUCGUCCGACUCGUUCGAGGGGGUGCUCACCCCCGUCGGCGGGGAGUACCUAAUGAAGAUCAGCAUCGGCACGCCGCCCGUGGAGCAGCUCGGCAUCGCCGACACGGGCAGCGAUCUGACGUGGACGCAGUGCAAGCCAUGCACGCAGUGCUACAACCAAACAUCGCCGCUAUUCGACCCGGCCGAAACCAGCACGUACCGGCAAGUAUCCUGCCAAUCGCCGCAGUGCAGCGCAGUCGGAAGCUCGAGCACGUGCAGCAGCAGCAAUGGCUGCCAGUACCAGGUGUCGUACGGCGAUAGGUCGUACAGCAUUGGUGACCUGGCAGUCGAAACCCUAACUUUCGGAUCCUCCGAUAAUGUUGGAGAAAGCGUGUCUUUUAAGAAAGUCGUGUUUGGGUGCGGCCACCAAAACGACGGCACUUUCAGCCAGACCGGCUCGGGUAUAGUCGGCUUAGGCGGCGGCUCGGUUUCAAUCAUCAGCCAGCUCGAGAAAUCAAUCGGCGGCAAAUUCUCCUACUGUUUGACUUUCCUUGACUCGAAUUCCUCAAGCAAGAUAAGCUUCGGCCAAAACGCCGUCGUUUCGGGGCCUAACGUCGUUUCAACGCCGUUAGUUAAGAAAGACCCGGAUACAUUCUACUACCUCACGCUGGAAGGCGUUAGCGUUGGGGACGAACGGUUGGAAUAUAAUAAUAAAAAAGCAUCCGACGAUUACGGGUACGGGGGGUCCACGUCAGCAGGGGCAGAAGAGGGAAAUAUAAUUAUCGACUCGGGUACCACAUUGACGUUUUUGCCCUCGGAGUUUUACGAGGGGCUUGAGGCGAGUUUGGUGAAGGCUAUAAAGGGGAAGAGGGGGUCGGAUUCGCAGGGGAUGUUUAACUUGUGCUACGAGCUGCCGAGCGGCGGGGGGUUCAGUUCGCCGGCGAUAGUGGCGCAUUUUGACGGCGGAGAUGUGGUGUUGCCGGAGGGGAGCACUUUUGUGGAGGUGGAGAAGGGUUUGGUUUGCUUGACUUUGGUGCCGUCGCAGGAUUUGGCUAUUUUCGGUAAUUUGCAUCAGAUGAAUUAUCGCAUUGGGUAUGAUCUUGUGAACAAGGAGGUCAAAUUUCUGCCGACUGAUUGUUCCAAGGCGGAGUGAAGAAGAUCUGUUGCGGAUUUGUUUCACCUAAAUAAAGUGUCACUAUUUGUGUGUGUUUUUUUUUUUUUUUUUUUUAUAAUUGAAUUUCGUUAAGUGUUGUUUGGCUUUUCAUUUUGUUGCUUUUGGUUUCUGGAAUUUGGAUGUUUGAGAGUCUUGUCUUGUAUAAAUGUUUUGUGUUUAUGUUUGUUUAAUGGUUGGAUUGGAUAAAUGUUUCUGUUUUAGUUAU